AAGGAAAAUGAUGGAGGGAUAUUUACCAGAAAUGCAAAGCACGCUGGAGCCAGUCAAUCUGUCAGACGAUGCCUCUUCCAAGUCCCUGGGUAAUGAGAAGUCUGAUAAAACUUCUGGAAUGAAGGACUGCUCAAGCAUCAGUUGUACUGGAGAUGAUGCUGGUGUCUUGGAAAGGGAAUCGAGGUUGUUGCCCUCGGACCAGGAUUCGACAACUAUUGGCAUAGGCAGCAAUGGGGCCCUGGCAGAAGGGCAGGAGCAGCAGUGCAAAGGGGCAGACUUCUGUGCCAAUAACUGCUCUGAAAGAAAGGUGGAAGGCUCCACAAAACCAGAACAUUUAUCUAGUGAAGAAUUUGAACGGCAAGAUCCAAAAUCUGAUCAGACAGAACAAUCAUUAAUGGAAAUAUUACAGGAGCUAAGGGAGGAGUCUGACUUUGUGAAAAAAUCGAGUGAUAAAAUCUAUUCAGAAAGCCCGUAUGACACUGACUGCACAAAGAAGCUUAUUUCCACAAUACAUCAGACUUCAUCACAGGAGGAUUUACUAAAGGAAAUAGAGUCUGAACUCUUAUCUACGGAUUUUUCAAAGGAACAAAAAUUCCCAAAUGGUGUGCAGAAGGGUGAACGUGCUUUGGCUGUGUUUGAAAAAUGUGUGCAAGAUAAAUACCUGGAGCAAGAACAAACUAUAAAAAAAUUGAUUAAAGAAAAUAAAAAACAUCAGGAACUGAUUUUGGAAAUUUGCUCAGAAAAGGACAACUUAAAAGAUGAACUGAAAAAACGAACAGAAACAGAAAAGCAGCAUCUCAACAUUAUUAAACAGCUGGAAGCAAGAAUGGAAGAGCUUAAUAAAGAAGUGAAAGCUAGUAAAGAUAGACUUUUAAGUCAAGAUGCAGCAGCCAAAAAUGCUAUUCAGCAGUUGCAUAAAGAGAUGGCCUUUCGAAUGGAACAGGCAAACAAGAAAUGUGAAGAAGCACGCCAUGAAAAGGAAACAAUGGUGAUGAAAUAUGUCCGAGGGGAGAAGGAGUCACUUGACCUCCGAAAGGAAAAGGAGAUACUUGAGAGAAGAGUGAGAGAUGCAAACAAAGAAAUAGAAAAGCAUACUAAUAAAAUCAAACAACUUUCUCAGGAAAAAGGAAGGUUGCACCAGCUCUAUGAAACUAAGGAUGGUGAAGCCACUCGACUCAACAGAGAAAUAGAAAAAUUGAAAGAAGAAAUCAAUUCUCAUGUUAUCAAAGUAAAAUGGGCUCAGAACAAAUUGAAAACAGAAAUGGAUUCACACAAGGAAACCAAAGAACGCCUCAAAGAUGCAAUGACAAAAUUAACUGAAGCAAAAGAAGAAGCAGACCAGAUAAGGAAAAACUGUCAAGAAAUGAUAAAAUCCUAUCAAGAGUCAGAAGAAAUUAAAUCAAAUGAAUUGGAUGCAAAACUCCGAGUAACUAAAGGAGAACUAGAGAAACAAAUUCAGGAGAAGUCUGAUCACCUGGAGGUGCAUCAUGCAAAAAUAAAAGAACUAGAAGACUUGAAGAGAACGUUUAAAGAAGGCAUGGAUGAGCUUCGAACACUGAGAACAAAGGUAAAGUGUCUAGAGGAUGAGCGUUUAAGAACAGAAGAUGAGUUAUCCAAGUAUAAAGAAAUCAUUAAUAGACAGAAAACUGAAAUUCAGAAUUUGCUGGACAGAGUCAAAACUGUAGAUCGUCUGCAGGACCAACAUCAGAGAGACGAACAAGAAAUCAGUGCUUUAAAGGAAGAAGUAGAUGGUUUCAAUUCUCUGAUUGCUGAUCUCCAGAAGGACAUUGAAGGUAGUCGGAAAAGAGAAUCUGAGCUAUUGAUAUUCACUGAAAAAUUAACCAGUAAGAAUGCCCAGCUUCAGUCUGAAAACAAUUCCUUACAGAGCCAGUUGGAUAAGCUUUCUUACAGUGAAAGAGAGCUGCAGAAUCAGCUGGAAUGUGUUCAACAGACUAAAGAUGAUCUGGCCACCAAGUUACAGAAAGAGGAGGAUCAGCGGAAGCUAGAGGUUGAGACACUACAAGCUCAGCUAGCUUCAGAGCAGAAAGAACUAACAGCGCUGAAGACCCACGUAGAUGAACUGAAAGAUGAACUGGCUACCCAGAAGCGCAAGCAUGCAGCAAACCUGAAAGAUCUCACAAAACAACUUCAGCUAGCACGGAGGAAAUUGGAUCAGAUGGAAAAUAGUAAUUAUGAUAAAGAAGUCAGCAGCAUGGGGAGUCGUUCCAGUUCGUCAGGGUCCCUUAACGCGCGCAGCAGCAAUGAGGACCGAUCACCAGAGAAUACUGGAUCUUCAGUAGCUGUGGAUAGCUUCCCGGAGGUGGACAAGUCUGUCUUGGUUGAAAGAAUACUAAGGCUACAGAAGGCACAUGCUCGAAAAAAUGAAAAGAUGGAGUUCAUGGAGGAUCACAUUAAACAACUGGUGGAGGAAAUCAGGAAAAAAACAAAAAUUAUUCAGAGUUACAUUUUGCGGGAGGAAGCUGGAACACUAUCAUCAGAGGCCUCUGACUUCAACAAAGUACACUUGAGUAGACGGGGCGGGAUUAUGGCAUCUCUGUAUACAUCUCAUCCUGCAGAUAGUGGUCUCACAUUGGAACUCUCCUUAGAGAUAAACAGGAAGCUACAGGCUGUCUUAGAAGAUACAUUACUGAAAAAUAUUACAUUGAAAGUGAGAAAACUUCAAACUCUGGGAACAGAAAUAGAACGGCUUAUUAAACAGAAACAUGAACUGGAACAGAGAAUAAAGCAGACAUAA